CAUAUUAACAUUAUGUUUUUCCAUAGGAACCUAGACAGUCGUGUAUGUGUUAAGUGUUGAUGAGUUAUAGAAUCUGAGCACAUUUACAAUAAUUGUAUUAAUCAUCGAACAUAGUGUAUUAAAAUCAAAACUAUAUAUUUUAUCGAAGUGUUACAUAAAUAUUAUUGAAUAAACGCGUCAUGCCGAUAUAAUUUGAAGUGUUUGGUAUUGAAACUGGACAUUUGAAUAAAUGUUCAAUAUUAUCAAUCAUCAUAAUAUAGGAUACUGGCUUGAAAAUCGUUACCUUAAUUAACGGAUUGUGAAUCUCAAAGUGUAAUAGAGAAUUUAUGCCGUUUGUAUUAUUUUAUUGGAAAACGAUCAAAUCAUAUGUUAUCAAAUUAUGACAAAGUCAAUCAAAAAUCGAGUCGAUCUAGAAGGAUGCGAAGGAACACGCAGCAAACCCACAUCAGAAAAACCAAAUCUGGAUGGAGAUUGGUUUAAUUUUUACCUGUUAAUAAUACUAUACAUAAUACAAGGUAUCCCUGUAGGCUUGUCUGGUGCUCUUCCAAUCAUUUUACAAAGUAAAAAAAUGGUGACUUACGAAGAUCAAGCUGCAUUUAGUAUUUCAUUGUGGCCUUAUAGUAUGAAACUGUUGUGGGCUCCAGUAGUAGAUGCACUCUAUGUUAAAUGUAUAGGUAGGCGUAAAUGUUGGCUAAUACCACUCCAAUUGUUAAUGGGUUUACUGGUACUUUACGUGGCCAAUAACAUCGACGAUUGGUUACCUGAGUCAGGAAAACCAAACCUAAAAAUGUUAAUAAUCGUGGUUUUUGUGGUUAAUAUUUUAUCAGCAACUCAAGAUAUUGUCGUCGACGGUUGGGCAUUGACUAUGCUGAAUAAGAAGAACGUGGGUUAUGCCUCAACGUGCAAUUCAGUAGGAGUACCGUUUGGAAUGUUCAUAGGUUCCGUUUGUUUCACACUGCUCGUGUCAGAUCAAUUCAAUACUACUUAUUUUCGAGCUACGCCUGGCGCUGGAGGACUAAUUUCUAUGAAAAGUUUUUUAUAUUUUUAUGGCACCACGACUUUGGUGAUCACAUCUAUUGUGGCCAUAUUCAAAAAAGAAAAGGAUAGCAGAUUAGAAGAUGGAUACGUAAAUAUCAACGUAUUUCAGAAUUAUAAAUUACUAUGGGAUAUUCUGAAACUACCACGUAUUAGAGUGUUGGCAUUAGCUUUACUGACAACUAGGAUUGGCUACACUGCAACAGAUAAUGUCUCAAAUUUGAAGCUUAUUGAUGCUGGUGUAUCUAAAGAUGACAUUAUGAUAAUUACAACAGCUCUUUAUAUUAUAAAAUGCAUAUUGCCUAUAUUUGUAUCUAAGUAUAUAACUGGCCCGAAACCGAUGAGUUAUUUCCUCAAAAUAACACCAUUCAGAUUAAUUUGGUGUACUACUUAUGUGUUACUGAUUUAUUACACACCGAGUUUGAUACGAAAAGAUGGCCUUGUCACUGUGCCAACAUAUUAUUAUUUUAUAAUGGGAUUAGUAUUAAUAACAAACGAGGUACUGAAUUUUUUCAUGUUAUUAACUUUGUUUGCUUUCUUUUGCCGAUUGAGUGAUCCUCGUUUUGGAGGCACAUAUAUGACGUUAUUCAAUACAUUUUUCUAUUUGGGAUUUUUACUAUCCAAUACUUUGGUUUUGAAACUGGUCGCCUUUUUAACUUUUAGCAAGUGUUCGAAUAACGACCAGAAUAACUGUACAACUCCAGAUUUAAAAAAUUUAUGCAAAACGAAUGGAGGAAGUUGUGUUGUAUCUGUUGACGGAUAUUAUAUAGUGGUUUUCAUAAGUUUGAUCAUUGGAUUUGUUUGGUACUGUGUUUUUAAAAAUAUAAUCAAGAAGUAUCAAUCUUUGAACGCUUCUUAUUGGAUUAUAAAUAUGAAACGACCUGUAACAGCAGUCGAAUCAUGCCUUAUAUCCACGUGAAUAAAGAUAAUGCAACUAUUAAAUGUAUCAUCAUGUACAUUUUUACAUCGUAAAAAGUAUAAUACAUUUUUUGAAACAUUUAAAAUCUGUUUUAAAAAAAAAUCACCAUAAAAAAAUGUAUUGCAUGUACACUUGUAAUUAUUGUAAUUAUUUAAGGAAUCAUCUCAAUAUUAUAAAAUGAUGAAAUACGUUUAA